AUGCUGUUGAAGCUUGGCGCUGUGUUACUUCUUCUUGUGCUGUAUCAUGUCGGCUCACUCUUUAGCCGGCUGGUGUUUGUGUACACAAUUCAGCAGGGCACCACGAAAUUUUGCUUUCGUUUUGUCUUCGCUUUAUCGACGUACGCGUUCAUCCUGCUGCUGCUGGACGCCUCUCAGGUUAGUGAGCGCAUCAAGAGCAACUUUAGUAUCCAGACACUGCGCUGCGUGCUCGCGGUGGAUUUGGUCCUCAUCGCACUCUUUUGUCCCUUUCUGGUAGUCCGGUCAUUGCUGCCUAAUGUGCGGUUGUAUUAUUUCUUUCUGGUGCUGCUUGCCUGUGGGCUGGUGAAGAUGCUUUUUGGCGCUUCGGUGGCGGCAUGGAGUUGGACGUUGAGUAGCACGCAGGGCAUUCCCACCCUGUUUUCUUGGGAUGUCGUGAGUGUAGCUGUUUCCACUACCGGGGUUGUUGUUGUGGGUCUCCUCUCAGGUUACGCUGCUGUUACAACGCCACUGGCAUUUGUUGAGCCGCUGUUCGAGCAUGGGAGUGGGGACCAGGCCCGCCUCGCCGUUGGUGUGUUGGCAAAACGACAAAAGCACCUCUUGGAACUAUGGAUGUUAAAACGGCAGCAAAUUGCACGGGCGUAUGGCGCGGUGUCGAGGGCAGAUGGGGGUCGUGACGGUAGCAACCGUGGCUCGAUAGCCGCUGGCCGCCGCAUGUGGAAUUGGGUCGCAAAUUCCAUUUAUUCAAGUGUUCGCGCGAGUGGCGCCGAUAUCGCAGCGAUGGAGACGGAGAGUGAUGGCAUUCGGGCCGUCAGCAUGGCGGUGUUUUUGCAGAUGAGUGAGAUGGACACAUUGGUGCGGUCGGCGGGGAGUGGAGAAACGUGGCGCAGGCGGUUCAACGCACUGUUUGGCCUCAUUCUGUUUACGCAUGCUCUCGUUAAGUUUCUUUCUACCGUCAUUAGUCUUCUAAGGUGGGGUGUGCUUGCAGCUGAAAACGCCGCCCCGCAUAGGGAGGACACCGCCACCAAGGUGAUGAACUUCUUAGAAGCGUAUGGGCUUGCAACUCCUCAUGGGGAUGGGGCGGAGCAGCGAGUUGUGUGGGUGUCUAUAGCGCUCAACGCCUGGAUGAUUGCCAGUGCGAUUCGAGGUUUCUUCCUGCUGGUGUUUCGGCUCACGACCCACAUUGCAUUUAUUAGCCUGGACACUACCGUAACAAUUUUGACGGCGGGAAUGGGAGCCUUCUUCGUCGGGCAGUUAGUGCUGUUACGCUUAACUCCUUCACUCGAGCGAGAGAGUGUGCUGUACACCGCCCUGCGUGAACAACUGCCGCAGCACGGGGCAUAUUGCCAUCUUAACGAUUUAGUGUUUGUUGUAGCGGCCGCCCUUGUUGCCAUGAUGCGGCGAUGCAUGUUCUCAUCUUCUGCCACUGCUUUGUGUGCCGCCGCAGAUUAA